ACCUGAAGAGCCCCUGCCCCCCGGCCUCCUCAUGGAGGUGUCGAACAUGACAUCGUCCGUCGAUGAGAAGUCCACAAACACCUCGACUGCCAGGAACACCUCGGUCGGGGACCUGCAUCGGGAAAUCCCGGUUGUGCACUGGGUGAUUAUGAGCAUUUCCCCUCUGGGCUUUGUUGAAAAUGGGCUCCUCCUCUGGUUCCUCUGCUUCAGGAUGAAAAGAAACCCCUUCACCGUCUACAUCACCCACUUAUCUAUAGCAGACAUCUCACUGCUCUUUUGUAUUUUUAUUCUGUCGGUCGACUAUGCUUUAGAUUAUGAGCUCUCUUCUGGCUAUUACUACACUAUUGUCACAUUAUCGGUGACAUUUCUGUUUGGCUACAACACGGGCCUCUAUCUGUUGACGGCCAUUAGCGUGGAGAGGUGCCUGUCUGUCCUGUACCCCAUCUGGUACCGAUGCCAUCGCCCCAAGCACCAGUCGGCGUUUGUCUGUGCCCUCCUGUGGGCACUGUCAUGCUUAGUGACCACCAUGGAAUAUGUCAUGUGCAUUGACAGUGAAAGACAGGGUCACUCUCGAAGUGACUGCAGGGCAGUGAUCAUCUUUAUAGCCACCCUGAGCUUCCUGGUCUUUACUCCUCUCAUGGUGGUGUCCAGCACCAUCCUGGUGAUUAAGAUCCGCAAGAACACGUGGACGGCCCAUUCCUCAAAGCUGUACAUGGUCAUCAUGGUCACCAUCAUCAUAUUCCUCAUUUUCGCCAUGCCCAUGAGGCUCCUCUACCUGCUGUAUUAUGAGUAUUGGUCAGCCUUCGGGAACUUACACGACAUUUCUCUUCUCUUCUCCACCAUCAACAGCAGCGCCAACCCUUUUAUUUACUUCUUUGUGGGCAGUAGUAGGAAGAAGCGGUUCAAGGAGUCCUUAAAAGUGGUUCUGACCAGGGCUUUCAAAGAUGAAAUGCAACCCAGGCGCCAGGAAGACAAUGGUAACACCACCACGAUUGAGACUGUGGUCUGAGCACCGUGGCAGGGAACAGUGGACAAAAUGGUGGGACACAGAUCAUUUGUACUUUGUGUUUGGAAUACCACUUCCAUAUGUCCUAAAUAAGACACAGAAGGACACCCCAUCCCAUGUGCAUGAGAGACUAAUGAGGAGGCUAGACUGUAUUCUUGCACUGUAUCUUCUGAAAAAGCCUAAAAAUGUGUCGGACCUCUAUCAUUUCUGUACCUAUAAAAAACCAUUUUGUUCCUCCUCAGCUCUUCCAGCAACAUUUUCCCAUGAACUGUAGAAACUACUCUAGCAGGACGGUUUACAGAUGAGUACAGGAAAAGUUAAUGAAAGCACUUGCUGGAACUUGAGAAGGUGGCGCGAUAUGGCAGGAAGAACAUGGGCUUUGGAGUCAGAUCGACUCUGUCAUUUGCUGCCUGUGUGACCUCAGGCAAGUGGUUUGACCUCUCAGAACCCCAUUUCCUCUCUUAUAAAAUGUUUAAUAGUAAUAGUCCCCAGGCUUGUAGUGAGGAUAAAAUGGGGAGAUACAGUGUGAAUAGCGCUUGGCACAUUGUCAACGUUCAAUAAAUGUUAGUCUUUUCCUCACUCCUUGAAGUGGAAGAAGAAAUACACUCUUC